CUGACUUCACUCAGCAGCUGAGCCAGAUGUACGAGCAGCACGCCGACGAGCUGCAGCAUCUCGUCGCAAACUUCAGGAAAAGAAAUGGGGAACUUCGAAAGGAAAGACCUGCGUGUGCUAGUUCUCUAUUCCACACUUGGGAGACGCUCCUCCAAGAAGUUGAGAUCGAUUCGCAAGCUUUGGGUGAUAUAGCUUCGAUCCUAGGAAGGCAGGUGUCUAGGCCUCUCUUGGAGAAGUCCUUCUUUAGGAAGAUCCAGUCCAGGAAGGUGUUUACUCAUCGGGAGAGCUACGAGACGAUCAUCGCCAAAACUGAAGAGAAAUUAGUGAAAUGUCGACAGGAGUACAAGAAUGCAUACCUCCUGUACCUGACAUCUCCCUCGACGGACACUUUGAGUGCAUACUUCGACUCGCACAAUGCCUACGUGCAGCAACUGCACGCCACCAACGGAAUGCUCGACGAGUACGGCAAAGAGACUUUGCCCCAACUGCUCCAGGAGCUGGAGGAGAUAUACAAAGACCUAUGUUCGACGCUGACGGAGGCCGUUCUGCAAGGAGCCGAAGUGGUUUCGGCAAGGGUGAGUCUACAACUAAAGCGAUUUGAAAUGAGUUCUAAAUUCUUCAAUCCCAAGACAACAGAGAUCAACUCUUCAAUCUUCUCCAGCCACGUCCCUAAUCCCAACGUACUCACAUCGUAA